AUGGGCCAUAUCCGCAAGGUAUACCGAAUGCCCAAGUGCAACCUCAUCGAUUCCCAUAUCCCAACGGCAGAUGAGAAAUCAAGCCCAAUCUACACGCUGCUUACCACUGAACCCAACGUCCAGUUCGUGUUAGCCCCACUGAGGUUCGAGUCUGGUUUGGAGCAUCGAUUCAUCAUGGUCACAGGAAGCAGCGAAUCUAUCCUACUGAAAUUGGCACCCACUACGACUUGUCUCCAUGCUGUUCUAGCCCCGACUUCUGUGCGCACUCUUGGGGUUACUGGCCAUCAGUUGCAAUUAUUUGGCGAAACGAUGUUGUGCGUUCAAUCUGAAUCCAGUGUGUCAAUCCCGAUCCGAUUCCUGGUAUCAGCCCACAGUCCGUCUAUUCUGGGCCUGCGAGUAAUGCGGUUACUACAAGGAUCAAUCAUACUACAUACCAACAACGAUAUGCCAAUCAUCUCACAUCGUCAACAUCUGAUUGUACAGUGUCUCGGUAACGAUGGUGGCAUGAAGGUACCGUCGGUAAAGUUGGAAGUGGACGGUGAACCUAUUUUCCUAAAACGACGCGUCCUCCCUUGCGGUCCACGGGAAAGGUGUCCUGAAAGCAUUACAGAAAAUGGAGCAAGAUGGUGUGAUAAGCAAAGAUAA